UCAUCAUCAUCAUCAUCAUCAUCAUCAUCAUCAUCAUCAUCAUCAUCAUCAUCAUCAUCAUCAUCAUCAUCAUCAUCAUCAUCAUCAUCAUCAUCAUCAUCAUCAUCAUCAUCAUCAUCAUCAUCAUCAUCAUCAUCAUCAUCAUCAUCAUCAUCAUCAUCAUCAUCAUCAUCAUCAUCAUCAUCAUCAUCAUCAUCAUCAUCAUCAUCAUCAUCAUCAUCAUCAUCAUCAUCAUCAUCAUCAUCAUCAUCAUCAUCAUCAUCAUCAUCAUCAUCAUCAUCAUCAUCAUCAUCAUCAUCAUCAUCAUCAUCAUCAUCAUCAUCAUCAUCAUCAUCAUCAUCAUCAUCAUCAUCAUCAUCAUCAUCAUCAUCAUCAUCAUCAUCGUCAUCAUCAUCCUCAUCAUCAUCAUCAUCAUCAUCAUCAUCAUCAUCAUCAUCGUCAUCAUCAUCCUCAUCAUCAUCAUCAUCAUCAUCAUCAUCAUCAUCGUCAUCAUCAUCCUCAUCAUCAUCAUCAUCAUCGUCAUCAUCAUCCUCAUCAUCAUCAUCAUCAUCAUCAUCAUCAUCAUCAUCAUCAUCAUCAUCAUCAUCGUCAUCAUCAUCCUCAUCAUCAUCAUCAUCAUCAUCAUCAUCAUCAUCAUCAUCAUCAUCAUCAUCGUCAUCAUCAUCCUCAUCAUCAUCAUCAUCAUCAUCAUCAUCAUCAUCAUCAUCAUCAUCAUCAUCAUCGUCAUCAUCAUCCUCAUCAUCAUCAUCAUCAUCAUCAUCAUCAUCAUCAUCAUCAUCAUCAUCAUCAUCAUCAUCAUCAUCAUCAUCAUCAUCAUCAUCAUCAUCAUCAUCAUCAUCAUCAUCAUCAUCAUCAUCAUCAUCAUCAUCAUCAUCAUCAUCAUCAUCAUCAUCAUCAUCAUCAUCAUCAUCAUCAUCAUCAUCAUCAUCAUCAUCAUCAUCAUCAUCAUCAUCAUCAUCAUCAUCAUCAUCAUCAUCAUCAUCAUCAUCAUCAUCAUCAUCAUCAUCAUCAUCA